UGUAAAAAUGGUUGGUGCACAGCAACUGGAAAUGUCUGAAGUUCAAACGACAGCGGUACAGGUGCAGCCAGCUGCUCAAACUGCCGAAAUAAGCGACAAUCCGUAUGAGUGUCAUGAGUGUGGCAAAGUUUUUAAAUGGUCAUCUAGACUGAUACAUCACCAAAGGACUCACACAGGGGAACGGCCAUAUAAAUGUUCAGAAUGCCCAAAGGCUUUUAAAGGUUCUUCAGCACUGCUCUAUCAUCAAAGAAGCCAUACUGGGGAACGUCCUUAUAAAUGUGCCGACUGUGGCAAAGCUUUCAAGCGCUCUUCGCUUUUGCAGAUCCAUCAAAGUGUUCACACAGGUUUGAGGUCCUUCAAAUGUAACAUUUGUGGAAUGACAUUUAAGUGGUCUUCUCAUUACCAGUACCAUGUGAGGCAGCAUACUGGUGAAAGGCCAUAUAAAUGCACCAUAUGUGAAAAAGCAUUUAAAAAUUCAUCUAGUUUAAGAAGACAUAGAAAUAUUCAUACAGGUGAGAGACCUUAUGUAUGCAAUGUGUGUGGAAAAGCUUUCACUCAGUCUACAAAUUUAAGGCAACAUCAGCGCAUCCACACAGGGGAGCGCCCUUACAAAUGUGAUGAAUGUGGUAAAUCUUUUACUCAUUCCUCCAACCUUCUGCUCCACCAACGUACACAUAGUGGAAAGUACACACACAAAUGUGACUUGUGUGGCAAGAUGUUUAUUUCUGAUGCUUUCUUGCAGUCACAUUUGCAGUCUCAUACUAUUGAGCAAGCAUUUGUGCAAGCAGAUUCUGAAGUAUUCUUGACUGCUACAGCAGCAAUGGAAACAGUGGAAAUGUUUUUUAAAUGUGGUGCAUGUGAUCUGACUUUCAACAAUGAAGAUAUGCUUAUUGGACAUCAACAGAAUCAUGUGGAAGAGCAGACAUAUUCUUGUUUAACUUGUGAUAAAGUAUUUAAAAAUGCCUCUGCUCUUUCACGCCAUCAAAAUUGUCACUCCAGUGAAAGGCCAUUCAAGUGUUCCAUUUGUGAGAAAACAUUUGUACAGCUCUCCAACCUGCUUGUUCACCAGAGAUCUCAUACAGAAGAGCAACAACUAAUUCAAACAGAGGCUGAAGUUACAUGUCCGCAGACUUCAGAGAUAGUUCAGCCUUCUAGCAUUACAACUGCUGCAGAGACUGUUGAGCGUCCCUACAAAUGUACUGAGUGUGGUAAAGCCUUUAAAGGAUCAUCUGGGCUACGUUAUCAUAUGAGGGACCAUACUGGAGAACGUCCUUACAAAUGUUCAGAGUGUGGUAAAGCUUUUAAGCGUUCAUCAUUGUUAUCUAUUCACCAGAGAGUCCAUACAGGAGUGAGAGCAUUCAAGUGUGCAGAGUGUGGACUAACUUUUAAAUGGUCUUCCCAUUAUCAGUAUCAUCUCCGACUGCAUACGGGGGAGAGGCCUUAUAUUUGUAAUGAAUGUGGAAAAUCAUUUAAGAACACAUCUUGCCUUCGCCGACACAGACAGUUGCACACUGGUGAGCGCCCUUUUGCAUGUGUAAUGUGUGGAAAAACGUUUACUCAAACUUCAAAUCUACGUCAGCAUGAACGGACCCACACAGGAGAAAGGCCCUACAAGUGUGAAAAAUGUUACAAGACGUUUACUCAUUCUUCCAACUUGCAAUUGCACCAGCGCACACACUCUGAUGAUAGACCAUUCACUUGCACUGUUUGCGGUAAAGGUUUUGUUAUGUCUUCUUACCUUCAAAGACAUAUGCGAACUCACGUGUUAUCCGCUACAAACAGCUCACAAACUUUACGUGGGUCCCAGGGAUUAAAAGCUACAGCCACCACACAGGGAGUGCAAAUUAUGCCAAGCAUGUCAUUCCCAGUGAAUAUUGAAGUAGGGAGCCACCCUAAACCCUUAACAUCACAAACAUUUCUCUUGGUACAAGUGCUACAACACAAUGUUCCAAAAUUCAUACUGCUACCCAGCACACAGUUAGUGCAGUCUCAACAAAAGAUCCCUAUAACUUCACAUAUUUCUAGCGAAGUGAUACAGAAACAGAGUAAACCUAAAUGUAACAAGUCCAAACCAAAAAAAUCAUCUACACCUUAUAGCUCUUCUAACCAGAAUAUUCUUAUUAUGCCUAGCCCAGGAGCGUCUAUGUCAAGUGUGCAGCCUCUUCAAAACAUUGAAAAUAAAACCAUCCAGGAAUUGCUCAGACCCCAGGGUUUGUCUUUAGGGCAUAAUGUUAUUGUUCUACAAAAUGUUAUUGAGCAAAGCCCUCAGCAGUUGCCAACGAUGCAAACAAACACUGGCACUGUCAAUAACAGAAUAGCUAGCAUUCCAAUCCAACCAAUACCUAUUACAACAGACAUGGCCGCAACACAUCUUAAAACUUUAUCUAACUCUCAGGAAAAUUCACGUAUUCAAAUUGGACCCAAACAACAUUCUCAAGAUAUAGUAAAUACGCAAACAUUACAUAAUCACAAUUUUUCAAAUAUACCUCUUCAGACAAUGUCUGAUGCAGCCAGCGGUUCAAGAAUUCAGGUACAAACUGUUCCAGGAGGCCAAGGUAGUCUAAAUGAGAGUUCCAACUUAAUUGUAGUACAAAAUCCUGAAACCGAAGAGCUGUUGAGUACUACAGACAGUGUUGAUAAUUUUCAGUCCAUAAAAGAUGUUCAGGAUGUUUGCUUUGAAACUUUACAGACCGAAGAAGGUUUGCAGAACGUCCUUAUUCUACAAAAUGCUCAUGGCGAGCAAACACAAUUGUGUGUGCAAGAGGUGGAGAAUAUUCAGAGAAUGCAGGAUGGGUCUAGUGUACACAUUCAAUCCAUGUCUAAUUUACAGGAAUCCACUGCUAAUAUCUCUGGAGGGCAAAAUGUAUUUAUUAUACACAGCACUCCAGGAGAGCAGACACUUCAAGUGGUGGAUAAUUUUCCAGAAUCCCAGAAUCUACAGGUUGUGGAAACAAUAGAAGGUUUGCAGGGAGGGCAAAAUGUACGUGUAGUACCAACCAACCCAAACUGUACCAAUGUUCAGCUAUCGCAGAGCCUGCAUUUAAGAACUAUGCCAAGUGGUCAAGGGAGCCAAACUAUUCAGAAUCUGCAGAAUUCUGAAUUGUGUUCUGAAAACCAGAACACGAAAACAUUACAGAUGCAAAAUAAUUCAGAGCAGGAAUUGCAGCAAAGCCUUCCUUCUAUUCACAUAUUACAGACUGUUUCUAAAGUACAACUUGUUCACACAUUCUAACUUGGCCUCAUGACAAUUUGUGUAUUACUUCAUGAAUAGAUGUGGGUAUGACGGUAGUAUUGCAUUCACAACCUCAUUGCUGAUUCUGCUGAGUUUGAAAAGGUUGAUGAUGUUAGGGAACAAUUUAAAUAUUUAACACAUUUAUACAAAAGCUUCUUUAAUGUAAGUGGUACAUUAAUGUGUAUACAAAUGUUUUUCAUUUUAGACCGAAUCUGACAAGGUAUAGGUUAAAAAAUGAAUAUGCAAAGAUGCAUGCUCAAGGAAUAACUCAUAUGUGAAAGAAAGAAUUGCAUAGAAUUAUUUACUUUUUUUUUAUAUGACUAUUGAGUAGUUAUAUGGGGUCUUAAAUACUUACCAUCUAGGUACUCCUUGAAUAAUGAUGAAACCAUUUUUUUGUUAUUGGCAUUUCAUGUUUUUUUUUUUUUUUUAAUUUGUCAGUUACACUGUAUUCUCGAUCUACAAUGAGUUGCAUAUUUUACAGUUGGUGAAUUUAAAAUUAUUUUGUAUCCUACAAA